AUGGAUGCCACAGAGUCCCGCACUAUGAAGGCUCGGAGGGAUGCCUACAAGGCCAAAGGCGCCCUCAAGCAAGAUGACCUUAGACGUCGUCGAGAGGAGCAACAAGUCGAGAUCAGGAGACAGAAGAGGGAGGAGAACAUCUCAAAACGACGCAACUUUUUGCCUUCUGUUGGACCUGACUCCGAUGAGGAAAUUAGUGGUGGCAGUUGGGAUCCUCCUCUGGCAGAAGAAAUGAUUUCGGGUGUUUUCUCCGACGAUGCCGAACGUCAACUCGAUGCGACAACUAAGUUCCGCAAGCUUCUUUCAAAAGAGAAGAACCCUCCAAUCGAACGUGUAAUCGAGUGUGGCGUUGUUCCUCGUUUUGUAGAGUUUCUGAAGCAUGGCGCAUCCAUGCUCCAGUUCGAGGCUGCUUGGGCUUUGACCAACAUCGCAUCUGGUACCGCUGAACAUACUCAAGUCGUGAUCAAUGCUCAAGCUGUUCCGGAGUUCAUCAAUCUUCUCUCUUCCCCAGUCUUGGAUGUGCGCGAACAAGCUGUUUGGGCUUUGGGCAAUAUUGCAGGUGACAGCCCCACGUGCCGAGAUUACGUCCUUCAACAAGGAGCGUUGAGGCCUCUGCUUACUUUGUUGAGUGAAAAUCACAAACUCAGCAUGCUCCGGAAUGCGACUUGGACCCUCAGCAAUUUCUGUCGCGGAAAAUCUCCCCAGCCUGACUGGGAACUGAUCUCUCCAGCUUUGACUGUCCUCACCAAGCUCAUUUAUUCUCUUGAUGACGAAAUUCUGAUUGAUGCUUGCUGGGCCAUCUCCUACCUUUCCGAUGGAUCAAAUGACAAGAUCCAGGCGGUUAUCGAAUCUGGGGUGUGCAGGCGUCUUGUUGACCUCCUUUUGCAUCAAUCGACGUCCGUCCAAACUCCUGCGCUUCGUUCGGUCGGAAAUAUAGUAACGGGCGAUGACCUUCAAACUCAGGUCGUCAUUGCGUCUGGAGCCCUUCCUGCACUUCUCUCGCUUCUUUCGUCGCCGAAGGACGGUAUUCGCAAGGAAGCCUGCUGGACGAUAUCCAAUAUCACUGCUGGGUCUCCUCCUCAAAUCCAGGCCGUCAUCGACGCCAACAUCAUUCCUCCCCUCAUCAAUAUCUUGCAGAAUGCUGAUUUCAAGACAAAGAAAGAAGCUUGUUGGGCAAUCUCUAAUGCAACCUCCGGUGGUCUCCAAGAGCCUUCGCAAAUUCGCUACCUCGUUUCUCAGGGUUGCAUCAAGCCCCUGUGUGAUCUUCUGACCAUGAUGGACAACAAGAUCAUUCAAGUAGCGCUCGAUGGCCUGGAUAACAUUCUUAAGAUCGGUGAACAAGACAAGUUGGCUGCUGGACCCGGUGCCGUUAAUCAAUACGCGUUGUAUGUGGAAGAGGCUGGUGGCAUGAUCACCAUCCACAACCUCCAGCAACACGACAACCUGGAGAUUUACAAGAAGGCGUUCAAUAUCAUGGACAAGUACUUCCCUGACGAAGAAGACGUCGAUCCUUCCAUCAGUGCACCUAAUGUUGAUGCAUCCGGGGCAUUUGCUUUCCAUAGCGAUAUGAAUGCUCCUCAAGGAGGAUUCAGCUUUGGGCAGUGA